CGCAUGAUUCUUCUCCUUAGGUCAGCUCUUGUCUUCCAUUCAUCGGAUUCAAACAUUCCUAGACGACUUAUCUCCGACGUUUGGAGAUCGGCCGGCGCCUGCAAUCUUCACCGCAAUUCCCUGCAUUGCAGUCGAAGUUUGAGGCCAGUCUUAACAAUAUGAGUAACAAAUGCAAACGAGAGAAGAAAAAAAAGAAAAGAAAGAAAGAGAAAAGAGGAUUUCAAGUGAAGUGAUGAAGGAAAACUCAAUGAGCUGCCAGAAUACUGGCACUUAAAUUUUUUGAACACCAUUUCAUUAUCAGGCAUUUUGCUUGGAGGACUGCAGAAUCCUCUUAACGUUAUGCUUUACCGGUUUUGUUUUGUGUGUGUGUGUUUGAAUUGAAAUUGAAUAUCAGUGUACUUGUGUGCUAACGAUAAUUGACCAAUUUUGCUAUGAGAUUUGUAGUUUACAUAAUCUCCAUUUCAGUUAAAACUUCUCAAGUAAUUCCAUAAGAACUGAACCACAGCAGAAAGUUUGAGGGUUGCUGAACUCAAAAAUCAUGGUUAUAAUGCAUAGGAUUUGAUUAAUGGUGCAACCUGAACUGCAUGGUUUUGUUGUAUGAAAGAUAAAAAUUCUCAUAUUAGAUUUAGGCUUUUACAUAUUGUUCUUUGUGGAGUGAAUGACCUGUUUUUGACUAAUAUGAUUCUGAGUGAAUCCCAGGAUCCCCAGCCGCUUUCUUUUGGCCAAGGAAAGUCUACAGUUAAAGAAACACUUUCAAAAUUAUCUUUAAAGUCAAAAUUUGUUCCUUCCUCAAUACCAUGUGUCAAAUAAAAUAUUCACUAUUCA